AGGGCUUUCCAGCAGUAGAGGCGAGGAAGAUACCACCUCGGAGACCGCGGUGUUGUCAGAGUUGCCUAUCGGUGUAGGAUGUGCGCAGGACAGGAGCUCUCCAGCGCGGGUCCCUGACACUUUAAUGGGAUCCCAAAAGUCGGACAGGAGUUCUAAUUUUUUUCGCCACAGUCGUCGCUCCCCGGUCAUGCCACAAUGCUGACGAUACCUCUGCUGAUGUUGCUGAGCCUGAUGAAUUCCGUUAGUCUGCAGGCCCGCUGCGCACCGGGACAGGUUUGCGACCCACGGCGACGGAGGGACGCCGGGGGGCGCGGAGGAGUGUAUGAACACCUCGGAGGUGCGCCGCGACGCAGGAAACUUUACUGCGCAACCAAAUAUCAUUUACAGAUCCAUCCUGAUGGGAAAAUAGACGGGUCCUUGGAAGAAAACAACCCAUUCAGCAUCCUGGAAAUUACAGCCGUGGAUGUGGGUGUUGUGGCCAUAAAAGGGCUGUUUUCUGGGAAAUACCUGGCAAUGAAUGAUAAAGGACGGCUGUAUGCGUCGGAAGUUUUUAAUAAAGAAUGUGAGUUUGUGGAACGGAUCCACGAGUUGGGGUACAACACCUACGCAUCCCGCCACCACUCUACAGAGCACCCGCCAGGAGGCGGCAGCAGCAGCAGUAAGCGUCGAGCCAGUGCCAAGCGCCAGUGGUAUGUGUCCAUUAAUGGCAAAGGACGGCCGCGACGAGGCUUUAAAACUCGAAGCACGGACAAAGCCUCGCUCUUCCUGCCCAGAGUGCUGGGCAACAAGGACCAUGAGAUGGUGAGGCGGCUAAGGGACAGUCCGAGCGCACACCACCACACCCAUCACCAAGUCCGGCGCGGUGAACGCAGGAGACGCCGGCACCGCGGAAAAGGCAAGGCUCGACGACCAGAUGGGUUAGACUUUUAGAGAGGGACCUGCCUUAAUGGUUCCAUGUUUCGCCCAAACACGGAUCCCUAAUAUCGGCACAUACAGUGGCCUCGCUGCAGCGGAGGACGUUUUUGAUCCUGACGUGUGGAUUAGUUUUACUGAUGCACGGGAUGUUGAGGGCAACCCCAAGAGCUGGGGUCCAUACAUUAAACCCUCCACUUCCAGGAGACUCACGCAGCUGCAUCCUCUAUUUAUUGAGGCGUGACUUCUUCAAAACGCUACUGCCUUGUACACACCAAAAGUUAAUGUCGCUGAAAAAACUCUUGUUUUGUCAAACUUUUGUUCGAGCAACCAUGUCCCCAUUCACUUCACACAGAGCAAACCUUUAUUUUGUAAAUACAUGUAUAGCAGCCUUGUAGCUUUUCAUUUCUGAAGAUCUGAGAUGACAAGCAAUAUUCUGCUGAUUCGAAAUGCUAGGAAACACGAUGGAUACUGAAGAAAAGACUAAACACAGCAAAGCACUUUUUUGUCAUGGUCACAUUAAGAAGAAAAGGAGAAAUCAGUGCGAGUCAUAAUCCACUGCUGUUGUGACUUUCUUACAAUGUGAUAGUCUACUGUUUGUAAACGUAAAGAAGUUCUUUGUAUAUUUUAAUAAUGAAUCUGAAUAUUUAUUUGGUGCCUGCAUUAUAAGUUAUUUAUAAGACCACUUCUGCAUUUUA